AAUAACUCUCGCAGAGUUUUUAAAACUCUGCUCUAACAUGUAUAUGUGCGUCUUCAAAUUUGCUUUUAACAUAGAAAUGGAGUCACGAAGUUAGGGUUUGUACCGUUUGUUGGAUUUUUUUUGUUUGUGUUUUUGGAACGAAGUCCUGGAAUUAGGUUCAAUGGCGGUUGUGGAAGAAGGCAGAAUGGAAGAGGCAGAGUACGAGAGCGCUUCGGAGGAGGACGCGGUGUUGCACUGGACAAUGCGGAGAGGAGAAGCGAGCGACGACGACGAAGAUAGCAAAGGAGAGGAAGAGAGAGAAAGGCACCGCGAAUCGGACACUCUAGGUGGAGCACCGGAGGACAGCGCCGAAGUGUCUUAUAUAGAAGAGCUUGGAGAAGAAAUGGAAGAAGAGGUCGAACGUGACGGGCAAGAUGGUGAAGGUGAAGUUUCAGAGGUGGCGCUCGGAAAGUAUUACAUGCACUGCGAUAGGUAUAGAGAUAGCUGCCGUGGCCAGCGCAGGAGUACUCCUGCUGGAAGGAAUUUGUGGAAAUCAGAAGAUGAAAUACAGUGGAAACAUGACAAGUUUGAACAGAUGACUCUGCUAGAAGCACAAAAUGAGGAAGGUAGGAGGAUUCCUAAGGGUCCUCAUCAAGGAUACAGUACGGAUCAACACAAAGGCCGCGAGUACAUUAAAGCAAACCAGUAUAGGCACCACGACAACUUUGUAAAUCAAGAUGAAUCCGUUACUGUAAGAGGGAGAGGGCCUGUAAGGUAUAAACCUGUUAUGAAGAGUAACAAUGUGAGGAUUGUCAGGGGGAGAGGGCCUGUAAGGUAUAGACCUGUUCUGAAGAGUAAUGGUGAAGUCACUCCAACAAAGUGGAAAAGAUCUGGAAAGUCCGUGGGAAGUGCUUCAAAUACUAAUUCAUCCAAAAUAGUGUCACACACUUCAAAUAUACAAUCUGAUUCACUUGCUGCAAAGAAGCAUAUUUCUGCAUCAUGUUCUGCUUCACCUCAGUUUGACACUGUUAGUUCUUCUAGGCAUGAGAAGUAUGGGAAACAGAAAACCAAUAUAUAUCAUCUGACUUCUGUACCACUGAAGGAUAAUAAACAGUUCAAAACAUUUCUGCAAGGGAAGACUCAAGCUGUUUCUGUGGACCUGGAUGGGCUUUGCAUUGAGGAUUCCACUCAGCCAGUUGCUGGCAAUUAUUUGACCAAUCUGCCUUUGUGGUCACCAAUGGACCGCCCAGGAUAUACAGCUGAAUCUCCCCUGAUGAAGGGUCAGAGAAGGGGUUUAUCUCUCUUAACAAAGAAUUCUCAUCAGUCAAAUCCAUCUUCUAACCAAGUUAAAAGAGUUCAUCGGCCAGGACGGCCCUCUGUUUCUCGACAAAGGCCUACUGAAGGCAUCGUUCAACCUCCUCUAAGGCAUUAUACUCAGCAGUUACGUUUGUGUCCUAGGAUUGGAUCUCAAGCAUCAUCUACGCAUUUAUCACUAGAUUCAUCUGAAGCAUUGAAGUUGGAUCCUUUACCAAAAUCAGGUAAAUCAAGAGUUGCAUUGGUUGGAAAAGACAGUGGUGCCGUUCAACCAAGCGGAAGAGUUUCCUUUCAAUAUGAUGGGACUCUUGGCAGUCAGAACAUUGCUGCCACUACAGCACUUCUGCCUGUUGUGCAACUUGGGGGUCUGCAUCAUGGCAGUCUUGCUGAUCCUGCUACUGGUAUGGCUUUCACUGGAUAUGUUGGCCAAUCCCAAGUUGGAAUUGGAAAUUCUGAGAUGACAUGGUUACCGGUCUCCACAGGUGCUGCUGGGACUCUAGGCGCUGCAUAUCGUGCUCAUUCCUUGGGACAGUUGUCACCUGUUGGUGUCUCUAGAAAUAUAGCUGGUACAGACAAACCUAGUAGUGGCAAUAGGCCUAAAGAUAGAAGUGAACUUUUCAGUAAAGAAGUUUGCCCACGACAUAGCAAGCCUCGGAGAUAUUCACAGAUGAACUUUAACGAGGAAGUGGACAGAUAAUCAGAUCUUCUUUGGUGAGAGUUUUUGUUCUGAGGUUGUCUGUGUGAUCCUUCUAGAGGUAAUUUAUACGUGUUAAACUGUUGAGCUCUGUAGAAAGCAUGGUCUAAUAAAUUUGUUUUUGUUAUAGAAUUUCAUGGGGGAAUAAAUGUUUGGGUAAAUGAGUUUACUUAUUUUCUUCUCUUGCCUUGAUGGUUGGUCUCUCUUUGUCUCUUACUUAUAUUGUUUGAUUCUACUUUUUUUCUAGGGUUAGGAUUUGAAGGAAUGUGGGAGGUAUAUUCACACCAAUCGAGCUUGUCUUUAGGGCUGGAUUUUAUAGGGAACUGUUUUCUGCUAAUGGUAUAACUGUUUCCCUUGAACCAUCAACUUCGCCAAUCAAAAUCAAUGCACAUUCUUUUCACGAUUGCAAAGAUUUAAAUUUCUUUAUACUAUUUAUUAGAAUUAUAGAUUUGACAUGGCUCAACCAUCAGUGUAAGCACACCUCAACAUGUUCUUUUGCUGUGCCAUCUACAUUUGAAGAAACUAUAUCGUAAUUCUCUCAAUUUGGAUGCUUGGUCACCCAUGAUUAAGGGCUUCAUUAGCUGUUAUUACCUGAGUCAACUCUGGGUUGCUGGAUUUUGAAUUUUCAUGAACUUUUCAAUUGCAAAGUUUUCAUAUUUUUUCCUUACAGACUCAAAUACUGGUCCAUAUGUUG